GGGCCGAGUGCUGAUUCAUUCUCACACGUUGGCAGCUCAGAGGAGAUUUAGUUGCACCUGUUCUCAUCUGAUAUAGCCUAAGAAUAAGAGUGAAACCAAAGGGGAAAAUGGGACUGUGCUUAAAAAUCGCAGCAGGCCUCCUUCUGCUUGUCCAUGUUUUUCACCUGGCAUCGCUCCAGGAUUCAACAGACUCUCCGGGGCGGACAAUUGAUAAAAGCUGGCUGCGUGAGCUAGCGAAAAAGACAGCUGGAAGUCAAAACGCUACAGUUUCCGAAGAUGAGGCAGAGAAAGAUCAGGGGCAUGAAGAUAUGGUCUCACGUAUUAGCAUCGGUGAUGGGAUGGCAUCGGACGUCAUGAUACCAAAUACUCAAGAAGAGAAGAAUGUGGCCCGCCAAGAGAAGGAUACAAAUGAAACAUCUACUGACCCGAGCACUGUCACCGAGCCUCCUACAUCAUCUCCCACAACUCUUCAAACUGAACAACCAAACGCCACCAUUUCUCCAAAUACUACUGCAACUACAGUCCCCACAAACUCAAGCCGGAUCAACGGGACAGAAGCCGAGGAGGAAUUUCACAGCUCGACAACGACGACUUCCCAAAUAUCCACGACUCAUCUGAGCGAACAAAACUCCACCAUCUUCCCAGAUAACUCCAAUCGCACCGAUUUACAGGCGACAACCUUGGCUCCAGGGAGCAACGCGACACAGGAACCAACAACAAAACCUGACGAGGUAAUGCGUUCAACUAACGCUACAGAAUCUACCACCACGACAACUGCAACAACCACAACGAAGCAAGGGACGAACGAGACAUCCGCCACGUCUUCGUCCACACCGGCGUUCCCAUCUGAGACCACAAAAAUGAGCCCUGCGACUACAACCACCGCCGCUCCGAUCACACCUGAGAUUGCCAACAGGACAGACACAGAUGCAGCCUCCGGGAGCACCUCAGAAAGAGGUUUGGGAGAAGACACCAUGAACAGUAAAAGAAACGGAGUGUGGGUCGCUAUAUUGGGCCUGGGGUUGACUGUGAUCCUCAUUGGACUGGUGGCCUACGUCAUCCUGAAGAAAAAGAACCGGAAGGGUUUCUCUCACCGUAAACUGGUUGAGGAGUAUCCUUCAGACCCAGUUCUCAGAUUAGACAACGGCACCCCUUUGGACUUGAAAUUUGGACGUGAUGGUUCGGCCUAUUACAACCCAGCACUCCAAGCGGACAACAUCCAAAUGAAGAACUUUCAAGGACACCGCUGAAACUGCACAGACUCCCAAGACCAAAGUCACGAACUCCCUUGAAAGAAAGUCGGCCUAUUGUGCUUGUUGGCGUUUGAUAGACAACCUAUAAUGUGGAUUUUUGUAAAUAACACUGUCUGAAAGUGGCAUUUGUGGGUGGGAAGGAGUUCGUGAAAGUCUUCUGUUUUCAACCACAAAUGAUACUUCAGAUUAUGCAUUGCGUUAAGUAGAUUUAUUGCGUUGAAAUAGAGGGAUCACUGAAGGCAAUCUUCACAGCAACGGUCAAAAUUAACUGUCAGCCAUUUAUGUAUGUUGCCAAAGGGUAUCAAAUGAAGUCGAUGAAGGAUGUCAAAAAUGUAUGCAUUUGGAUUUGUUAUAACAUAUGGUUUCAUUUUUAAUACGUAUGUGUUUGCGAAUAGGAACUACAACAUUAUGUAGAAGACAAGCAAAACAAAGACAUUAGCAUAUAAUCAGAUCGAACCACAAUGUGACCCCUACUGAUGCAAAAAAAAAAUAUGCUGUUGUUCUGCAGCCUUAACAACAGACGUCACAGCUGGCCCGCUGAGGCGUUUGCAACAAUAUUCAGAAGCCACGGUGAACAAUAACAGUACGGUAUCAACAAUCACAUGCUGCUUUGGUAUAAGGAAGGCAAUAAGAAGGUACAUUUUCCACAACUGGCGUUCACAGCCAGAGUCCGAGAAGUGAAACGUCAAACCAAAGACUUGAGUUUGUUUUCUGACGCCAGCGAGGGAGGUGGAGGGGGGCCGGGUUCUGUUUUGCUAUUCAGAGACCGAGGUUUCGGUAUUCAGGCAGGGAGUCGUGUAUUUGGUCUUAGCAUUACUCAGUAGCAACAAAUAUAUCAUAAUAUACUGCUUAAAUCUUCGGACCUCCAGGUGUCCAAACAGCGGUUUGAGUUUCUCGUAGCGACAGUGUGCACCUGCUGCAUAUUUAGAGCAAAAAUUUAAUUUACCUUUAAUGCUGAAUAAAUUUUUUCAUUGUUAUUCCUCUCCUAGAUUUGCUUUGACUGAUACAUCGGCUAUGCAAUAAUAGGCAGGGAUUAACUACACUCUCAUAAUUUUAUACAUCUAAUGCUUUGGUAAGAUACAAUCUAAAAAUAUUUCAUAAAUGUCCAUUUCUCAACCUUCUUACUUUUUUAUGUCAUAUAAAAACACUUUUAAUACUAUACAUGUGAACCUAGAAAAUGCAUCUUUCAGCUCCCUCGGUGCUUUCACUCAUUACCUGAGUGACGAUGCCUCCUGAUUGUGAUUGAUAUGUGCCUCAUCUUGGGCCUAAGCAGCCAACAAUAACUCGGAGAUGUGGGAUGUUUUUUGUGGUUGGUGUGGUUAGAUGGUUCUAAUUUCAGACAUCAAUCAAGUGCGAGAAACACUUUGUCUGACUGAGGGAAGAGUUUCAGUGUUGCACUGUUGGCAGUGAUUGCUGCAGACACAAUGCAGGGCAGAUGAACAACAGGAGACUUCGGUUGAUACUGCUUGUAAAAUGUAAAGGAAUUUGAUGGUGAUGCCUUAAUAAACAACCAAACCCCAAGUAAUGUUUUCUACAUUUUGUGAUUUAAUAUUAAAAGCUUAGGACUUUGUUUUUCCUCCCAAGAUAUGCUGACAGCAAUAGUUCUUUUAUUUAUUAAACACACACACCAGUAUCAAGAACAUAUUUGGGUUCCUUUCAUAAAUCGAGAAAGCUUGCUCUGUGGGGAGAUAGUGCCUGUUUCAA